AUGGCGGUUUAUCUGUUUGUGUCCGUCUUUCUAGCGGUUCUUUAUCUGGUUCAGCAUAGACGUUCCCCAAAGCUACCCUCGAGCCUUCCAAGACUAAAGCGUGAUUCAUAUCUACCUUUCAAAUUACAGUGGGCGUACCUCACAGAUUGUCGGCAACUUUUCCUCGAGGCGUAUCAAGCAUUCACCAAACAUGGAAAGACUUGCGUAUUACCUAGUAUGGGCUUCAAAGAUGAAAUCCAUCUAGCGCAUCAUCAUACUCAAUGGGCCGCUUCACAACCAGAUGCUGUACUCAGUCCAAUUGAAGGGUUUCGAGAAAUUGACAAGGGAGAUUGGAAUUCUGGACAUGCCAGUUAUAUCCAAGAUCCGUGGCAGAGUAUCGUCAUUAAAAAGGAGAUGGGCCGCUUUCUUGAGAUACUCGCUGCAGCGGUUGAUGAUGAGCUUCAGUGUGCUAUUCCUGAGUAUAUCAAACCUGGGGCAGGUGAUGAAGUGGAUGUUUAUGAGUCGAUGAAGUGGAUCGUGGCCCAAGUCUCGAGUCGGUUUACUGUCGGCCUUCCUCUCUGCCGCGAUAAGGGGUAUUUGAAAGAUUCACUGGCGUUUGCAGACUUGUUCAUAUUGAACUCUGGGUUGUUGAUCUACACUCCAUCACUUCUCAAGCCUUUGAUUGGGUUUCUUGUUACUUUACCAACACGAUACAGACGAUGGAGGAUUCAAAAGCAUAUUCAGCCUCUUUACGAGGAGAGAACAAAAAACCUUUUGCAUCCUGAGCUCUAUGAAAAGAGUGACGAGCCGACAGACAAUCUGCAUAUGAUGAUGCGAUAUGCCAUUAGCAAGCAUGGUAACCAAGUUUCGCCGUCCCAGAUCUCUGAUAGACUGUGUCUGGCAAAUUUGGCAUCGUUUCAUCAGACUGCGGUUGCGAUCAGUAACGUCUUGAUAAACAUUGCAGCUUCUGAUGCUGAGUUCAACACUAUUUCUGUUAUUCGAAAAGAGAUGGCUGAUGUGCUUGCGGAGAGCGGCGGUGCCUUUGACAAAGCAUCGGUUUCCAAGAUGAUACAAACAGAUAGCAUUCUGAGAGAAUCGAUGCGAACACAUGGUUUUGGAAAUAGAGCUAUGAUUCGCAAAGUAGUUGCACCAGGUGGUCUCAAGACUCCAGAUGGCCAUACUCUACCCAACGGCUCGACCAUGUCAAUCCUCUCAUAUCCUGUUCAUCAAGAUCCUGAUAUCUACGAACACCCUGAGAAGUUCUAUCCUCUCAGAUUCUCGAACAUCAGGACAGGUCCCGAUGGCAAAGACGCUAACCCAACGCUGUCAUUUGUGUCUACUUCGCCAACUUAUCUUCCCUUUGGCCAUGGAAAGCAUGCUUGUCCAGGGCGGUUCCUGGUGGACUUUGAGAUGAAGAUGAUCUUAUAUCAUGUUCUCAGCCAGUUUGAUAUUGAGCUGCUUCCUGAGCAUAAUGGUGUUCGGCCGGAGGGCCAGUGGGUUACAGAAGCUGUUAUGCCGCCUGUUGGUGUCAAGCUGCGAUUUAAGAAGAGAGAAUCCACAUAG